AUGGGUAAUUGUAAUAUUAAUGAAAAAAAGGAAGAUCUUAUGGAAAAUAAUGGUAUAUAAUAAUGAUAGAUAUUUAAGUUGUUUCUGUAUAAAAUUUUCAAUUUAUUGAUGCAAUUGGAAGAGGUGGAUUUGGUAAGGUAUGGAAAGUUAGAUAAAAGAAAAAUAAAUAAUUUUUUGCUCUUAAAGUGAUGUCUAAACCAAAGUAUUAUUGAUUAACAAUAUAGAAUUAUUUAAAAGAAAUCAGUUUAAUCAGUAAUGAAUGAAAAGUCGUUAUUGAGUGGUUUGAAACAUAAGUAAAAAUUGAAAUUGAAUUAAGUUUUCUGAUUAACAUGUAAUAUUCUUUUCAAGAUCGAGAAUAUUUAUAUUUGGUAAUGGAUUUAUUAUCUGGAGGAGAUCUAAGAUAUCAUAUAGGAAGACACAGAAAAUUCAAUGAAGAAUAAACAAGUAAAUAGAUAUAUAUAUAUAUAAUAAGAGUUUUUUAGUGGAUGUAUAAUAGUCGCAUUAGAUUAUCUACAUUAAUUAGGAAUAUUGCAUAGAGAUCUUAAACCUGAAAAUUUAGUAUUUGAUAGUAAUGGUAUGAUUCAUUUAUUUAAUAAGACUAGGAUAUCUCAGAUUGACUGAUUUAGGUAUAGCCAGAAUAUGGAAACCUGAGAAUUCACAAGAUACAAGUGGAACUCCUGGAUAUAUGGCUCCAGAAGUUAUGUGUAGUAAAUCUAAAUUUUUUAAUGAUAGGACAUAAUCAUGGUGUAGCAGUAGAUUAUUUUGCACUUGGAGUGAUAAUAUAUGAAUGCAUGUUAGGAAGAAGACCAUAUUUAGGAAGAAGUAGAUAAGAAAUAAGAGAAUAAAUGCUUGCUAAAUAAGCAGUUAUUAAGAGAUAAGAAGUACCUCCAGGAUGGAGUUUAGAGGCAGCUGAUUUUACUAAUAAAGUAUUUAAUUAUAUAUAUGAUUAUUUAGCUUUUAUAAAGGAAGCCAUAGAAUCGAUUGGGUAACAAUGGACCAGAUGAAGUGAAGGAACAUCCAUGGUUCAAAGAUUUUAGUUGGGAAAAGUUAAUUACUAAAUAAUUGAUUGCUCCAUUCAUCCCUAAUGUUCAUUAUUAAACAAGAUUAUUAGGGCAAUGAAGACAAUUAUCUUCCCUCAGAUAACAGACGAGAUUCUGAUGAUUCCAUUAAUGAAGAAUAAUAAAUAAUGCUUAGAAGAAAUUCAGUAUAAAGUAUAAAUGUUAUAUUAAAUAGAUUUAUUUAAUGGAUAUGAUUUUGAUAAUAAUCCUAUAAGUGUUCCAAGUAGUUAAAUGGUUGUGUCGAGUACUUCUUCUUCUCGAAUCACCAAAUAACCAACAACUACUAAUACACCAAGAUCAGCUAAAUUAGCUUUAAAACUAAAAAAUUGA